UAUAGAGUAAUGCCUAACACCAAUUACUAGUUGGAAGGAAUCUAUGGUUUGAAAUGGUUCGUUUAUUCAUUUUAUGUUUGAUCUUUCCGUCCUGUGAAGGAAUAUCUUCCAACAAUGGCAACUAUGAUUUUAUUAGUGAUGCUUUGACUAUUGUUUUCGAAAAGUAUUACAUAAAUACACAUAAACCAGUCUUACUGAGUUCACCAAGAAAUGAUAAUAUUGAAAGCAAUGAUUAUGUUGAGAUAUUGGUAAACGCUGUUCGAUCGAGUCGCAGAAUAAUCCAAAUUGUUUUCGUAUUGCACUCUGAAAUGCAUCCCUCGUACUAUAAUGUGCUGAUUGUUCGGUCAUAUGAAUCAUUUCUUCGGCAAUACGAAAUGAUCAAUACGGAUAGAUAUGACCUUUCAGGCUUGUACACUAUCAUUUGCUUUGCAUUGGAAUCCAAUGUCGUUGAAAUUAUAUUUGAGAAACUUUUAUUGAACAAAAUAAUCAAUGCAAUAGUUAUAAAAGUGACAACACCGGGCGAAGCUCAAAUUUAUACAAAUUUCCCAUAUCAUGAAGGAAGUUGCAGUAAAAUCAAUCCAAAACUCUUGGCAAACAUAAGUAACAAUAAUUCUGAAAUUGAUAUUGACUUAUUCCCGAAUCAUCUGUUUAACAUGAAUGGGUGCUACUUAAAAGCAGGAACUUACGAUGUUGCCCCAUUCACAAUAGUUGGUAAUAGAAGUUUCGAUGGUUUGGAAGUAGUAAUGGUAGAAACUAUCGCAAAACAUCACAAUUUCACUGCACAGUAUGUUCUUAAUGAAGAUGGAACUAGUUGGGGUGUUAUUAAGGAAAAGAAUAGCACUGGUUUGAUGGGAUUAAUUCAAAACAAGCAGGUAGACUUUGGCUUUGGUACGCUAGGAGUAACAGCAGAACGUAGCUUUUAUCUCAAACAGGGAAUACCGCAUUUCAUUAGUAAGUUUAUUAUAGCUGUUCCAACCGGGAGACUGUAUACGUCAUUCGAGAAGUUAUAUAAACCUUUUGAUACUAUGGCAUGGAUGUUUAUUAGUAUUGCACUUGUUGGCUCAAUAGUUGUAUCAAAGGUUAUGUUUGGGAAACAAGACGUAAGAUAUCUGAGAAUUUUAAAAGUUGAAGCUUUCGAAACUCCAGUUUUGAUUACUUGGCUAGCAUUCCUAGGAAAUCCUUUAGCAAAAUGCCCCAAAAAAGAUAAAACGAAAGCAAUAGUAAUGAGUUGGAUGGUUAUGGGGCUGAUGGUUAGAACUUUGUAUCAAGGGGCUAUGUUUAAAUACUUUCACAAAGGACAACACACCAAGCCUGUUCAAACUAUAGAAGAUAUUCAAUCUGAAAAGUUAUACUACUACUUAUAUGAACCUGCAAAACGAUUCUUUGCAUCGUCCCCGGAUAUUUUAAAAAUGCUCAAGUUCAUCAACCCUGAUGAAACCAAUCCCAAACUUUCGCAGUUACUAAAUGGAGAUCUAGAUGGUGUGAUUCUACUGCCAUCGUCCACGUUGAACUAUUUCAACCAACAGAACAUAAAAAAAGGAUUUGUGAAAACUGGAACGGAUGUUAUUGCGACUUAUGCUGUUGGAAUUUACUACCCCAAGGACUCUCCGUUAAAUGCAAUGUUUGACGAAGACAUUUUAAAUUUGCAAGCUGCAGGCCUAAUGAAGUACUGGAAAAGUGUUUUUGGAAUUACGAGCUUCAAAGAGUUUCAUAGCGUAGAACCACUUCCUCUGGAUAUGGACACGAUUUCGGCCAUCUUUAUAAUUUGGUUGAUAUUCGUUUCUUUAAGCGUAACAAGCUUUUGCUUCGAAGUAUUAUGGAAGUGCUAGCUUACAUUUGCUAUUUCACAAAAAAAA